ACUGGUUCCACCCAUCGACCCAGCGUCAAGAAUCCAGAACAUAAUGGUGGUCCACUUUGACUCACUGGCAAACGAACACAACCUGGUGGUGCCAACAUCCGGACGUGUAUUUGUGCUACGAAGACAAAGAAGCAUUUGUCUUUGGGGGAUAACAACAAAACAUCAGUAAGAAUACACUACAUGAAACACAAUGGGACCAUUCCAAGAGUAUGAGGAAAAGAAGUCUCCACAGAAAGGGAGUCCUCGGAGUCGCAUCCCACGUUUGGUCCUCCAUCCCUUUCAGCCAAAGGGUGUCAAAUCACCUCUUUCUGACUCCCCUUUCUCAGAAGAAGAUGGCAAAGAGUGUGAAGUCAGCUCAGAUCACUCCAAGAGGACCAUCAGCUCCAACAGUUUUUAUUCAGAUGACACCGGCUGCCCCACUAGUCAGUCUGUGUCCCCCUCCAAAACUCCAUCAGGCUCUGAGGAGAGUACCCAUAAGUCACCAACACUCCCCGAGCGAAAGGUCAACGUGAAGAGGGUACGGGUUAUAGCGGAGUGCAGUCGCGAACCACGGAGUGCUCCGAGGCACAAGAAGAAGCUGAGGUCUGCCAUGAAAGUCAGAGGAAGUGAGGCUGAUUUCAGCUCUUCCAGUAGCACGGGGAGCCUAAAGACCAGGGAGAGUACCACCAAAUCAAAUGGAAAGAAAGCUCCAUGUCACAGCUUGCUCCCAGUCUUCAAACCGGCAGGGAGUCCUUCUGCCAACCGUGAUGCAGAACUAUAUGCUCCCUACAGGACUCGAGCCAGAGCUGCAUUUUCAAGUAGCAGCUGCAACUCUAGCCCUACAUCCAGAAGAGCGAACUUGAGCCGCUACCAGUCAUGUGGUGAUAACCAUGGAAUCAGACCCCCCAACCCUGAGCAGUACCUCACCCCUCUGCAGCAGAAAGAAGUGACCAUCAGACACCUGAAAACAAAGCUGCUGGAGUCUGACAACCGGGUGCAUGACAGAGAAGCAGAAAUUGAGGAUCUCAAAGGCCAACUCUGCAGAAUGAGAGAAGACUGGAUUGAGGAGGAAUGUCACCGAGUAGAGGCCCAACUGUCCCUCAAAGAAGCUCGUAAGGAAAUCAAACAGUUGCGCCAGGUUGUGGAGACCAUGAAGAAUAGCCUAAUGGAAAAAGAUAAGGGAAUACAGAAGUACUUCAUAGACAUAAACAUCCAAAACAGGAAGCUGGAGUCGCUGCUACAAAGCAUGGAACUUGCUCAGAGUGGUGUCAGCCUUCAAGACGAAAACACACACGACUUCUUCUUUGACAGCCCCAAGAGGGGCAGGAAGAAGCUGGCAGGAGAGGAAGAAGGUGGGAUGGAGCUAGGAGAUCAAGGGGUAGAGGCCAUGGCUGAUAGUGGGCUGCUAAUAAAUGAUGAGAUGGCCAACAGAGCUGACAUUCUGGAGCAGGUCUUAAUGUCCACUGCAGUUGAUUUCAAUCUGGACUCGAUCAACAAGCCAAAGCCUGGGAUGGAGUUGGACUCUGCAGUGUCCAUACUGUCUGAAAUAUCCAAUCCACUGCCACUAGCUAUAUCAGCUACUGUUUCCAGCAACAUUUCGCACUCUCUGAAGAAGACCGAAGAUAAAGGCAUCCAGACUGACAUAAUGUCCAUGUCACUAGAGCUUCAGGCUUUUCUUUACCAGCUUCUUCGACUCGAAGGGAAUAGAGGGCCUACAUUGUCCUUCUCCAGCGCUCUUUUGGGUCUGCCAAAGCUGCCCACUUUCACUUACGCACAUUCCCCUUACAUGAUAGCUCCCAUACCUUACAUGCUAUCCCCUGCUUCCCUUGACAGCACAGUCAUUGCUAACGACGCUGGCUUGGGUUGCUCAGAUCUGGCAGAGAGGCCAAGGUUCAUGGAUGAGCUGGAUUUUGACACAAGCACAGAAAAAAACCCUCCAUCACCAGGGCUGGGUGUGGUCAGCAAGCGUUACUGGAGCAAUAGUUUUCUGGUGGAUCUGGUUGCCGUGGCAGCACCUGUGCUACCCAUAUUGGUCUGGCUGUACUCUCAGCACGGUGUGGUCAAAAGCACUCCGGCCAACAUCGCAUCUCUCAUCAGGGGCUGUUGCAUCAUGGGAUUGCACUCUCUUCGUCACAUUGCUCACAGGCCAAAUGUGUAAUGGCUUUCAAUGUACAAGCACAUGUCUCACUUUGAAUUAAAAGCACUUAAGCAUUUUUGAGAGCAUUUUUUCCCUUAGCAUCUAAAUGAUGUCGAUACUUUGGGUCCAGCACUGUAUGCUUACCAUGAGUUAAAGUGGUAACAUGAAAAGGGUAUUAAAGUGGUAACAUGAAAAGGGAUAUUUAUUAAGGGGGGGCAGAUUACUAAUAGUUUAUUAUCUAGAAUGGAUAUAUGUACAAUUUUUCUCAAUGUUUUAUAGUGUCCCGGGUCAUCCUUAUUAAAAAUCAAAGCACUUGUUUGAAUGAGGUUUCUGAAAUGAAAGAUUGAAUAUCUGUUGUGCUUUUUCAAGGUUUUGAGAUGUUUGAGUUGUUCAAAAAGUAACUUUAAACCUUCAGCCAAAGCUUUAAUGUGAAAUCACUGUGGGUUUUUUUUUUUUUUUUUUUUUGUUAUUGUGAAUUAUUUUUCCUCCCAGAAAGUGAAACUUCAUUAGCUUUAAGUGAACCUUGGUAUUGUAAACAAAGUUUAUGCUUGACAGCAAAAUACAGUCAUGUGCCUGAGCUAUGUGCAAUACCUGCAGUUUGCAUAAGAUGUCUGUGUAUACGUAAUAUUAUUAAAGCAUGAUAAUACAAUA